AUGACAAUGGAUUUUGAAUUUGAUGAUUCCGUUGAUUCUUCCAGAGCAUCUUCGCGCUCCUCCACCUUAGUGUCGCAACGGAGCCACAAGCGACGGCGACAGCAAGAAUCAGAUGACGAUUCCUCCACCGUUUCCUCUCGUCGCAUUGCCGUAAAAGGAGCAGGGAAAAGUGCGUCUGCUGUUCAAGACGCUGGCUCCUUUCAAAUGCUUCGAGACGAAUGUUUGGACCUCUGUUCGACGAUAAUCUCUCGCGAGGACAAAGGUGAUGGAAAGAGCCUCAAUGCCGCCGUCGAUCUUGCGUUGCUGUUGUCCAACAAGAAAACACGAUCAAUUUUAUGGCAAAAUGACACGCUACAAGACUUGGGCGAUAUUGAUUCCAAUUGUGGCGACAAUUCCUCUGUCCUGAUGUCUAUCUUGAAUGCGGUUGCUUCUCAUACACCUAAGAAAUCUAGAGGCGCCAGAAACUCGACCAAUCCAUCACGCAAUCGAAGUAGAACGAAGAGUGCUAGACGGAAACAAAAACAACAAAGUCAAAAUGAUUCCGUCACUUCUGUUGGAAAUCAGAAAGUAAUACCAACUUCUCCCCAAAUGAAGCAAGUUCUUGCUUGCAUUUUCUACUUUCUAUCCUGGGAUUGUACGCUGUCAAAAGAUCAUUCAGUGGCAGCGAUGGGGACAAAAACAAAUCCAAACAUAGCACGAAAGAUAAGAAUGUCGAUAUUGCAAAACGGCGAUGCCUUGCAGGGUGCAGUUCAACUGUUGUUUGGCAAGGAGGCACUUUCCACAGCAAAUUCAAUACCCAGUCUAUCAGUUGCGUCGUCGUCCAUGCAAACGCCCAAACCCAAUUCACAACAACGAGUGGUGGCAAUUUCGGGUAUUUGUUCUCCUGCAUCGAAUGCCUCUACCAUUUCUUCGGUUUCCUUUCAAGAAGAGGCACAACAAUUAGUACCUAUAGAAAGCAAACGCAAACUGGGUGAUCCAACUGCUGCUGGGCGUCAAAAACGACGGAAACGGAGACUGAUGCAAUCGAUCGCAGAAGACGAAACUGUGAGCAAUCCAAAUGAAGACAUGUCCUCCAAAAAGAUUUUGCCUCCACCAAAACUGAAUUGUUCUUCAACUGAUUUUUCAUUCUCCGACGAGCGCGACACCUUUGCUACGCCAAAAGCACCACCAAAGGUAUCUCAUCGAGGGCCAAAGUCAUGCGACGAGCACCACACUACGACAUCAGGAGCUGCAACUGCAAAUCCGAAACUGUGGAAGCUGCUUUCCAAAAUCAAAUUUACUUCUAAAUUCAUUCCAGAUCACCUCCAACAAGACAAGUGGCUCUCUAUGCUGUUUUUGCAAUCGUUGAAUCGGGUGAUAGAGGGAAAGGAUCUAGAGGGACCAUCCUGUAUGGAAAAUGAGAACGAUGACGACAACAACGAAGCCAGUAGCGACGACGAGAGCAAUGAAGAAUUCAAUCCAAUCUUAUUGACAAACUCAUUACUCUACAAAAGCGGCGUGCUCCCUCUUUUGGCAAGGGCUAUGUCGGACUCUUUUCAGGAGGUUACUAGGAUGUUGAUCGAAGACGAUACAUUCGCCUCUACUAUGGAUUGGGAUUAUCGACAAGAACAAAUGUCAGUUUUGGCAUCUCUAAUCGAUGGGGCAUGUUUGUUCUGCGAGUCGAACCGAAGAGCAUUUUGUGAAGAGGACCCUUUUUCCUUUGAAGAACGAAACCAGGGGCUUCUGUGCCAUAUUUUUCUGUUUCUCGAUCAAUGUGCCAAGCGGUGCUGCAAGACUCCCAAUGACAAAAUGGACGCAGUGAUGCUGAUGGGUCUCCGGAUGCUCACCAGUCUAACACACGAUAAUGAAGUUGCAGGCGAACAACUGACAUCAUGGAGUGGUCAAGGGGCAACAGGAGAUGGAUCUAUUCGUGGUUUGGAUACUUUAGCCAAUCUUGUCUUUGUGUUGGAAGGGAGUGGCGAUGAAACAAAGAAAGAAUCAUCUUUGACGUCCCAAGAAGCGUAUCACCAUAGAUACGAUUGUAUUGUCUUUUGCCUCAACACCUUGGCAAAUAUCGUGGAGGGAUCUGAUGUGAGAAGGUUGCUUACUGAAAUCAAUGUUGAUGCUCCUUCUUGUAGAAUCUUGUGGCUUGAAUGGCUGUGCCGGUGGCUCAAGAUUCAAACGGCAUCUUUUCAAGAUGCGAUUAUGGAUGGUGGCACAAACAAUGGGCAGUCAUCUUCUCAAGAAAGGGAAUUGCAAAAGGCUGAGGAAGAUCGACUCGUAGCAGCUGGAAAUGGCUGCGUUCUACUGGCUUGUCUGAUGAAAGAACCCGAAUCUAUAUCCGAGGAGCCAGAGUUGACCAACACUAUACGACAGUUGAUUGUUGACCAAAUGCCUAAAAGCAAAGAUGGUGGUUCGACAGGUGUCAUCAUGAUUGUGAAUACACUAAAGGCAUUCUGCAAUUUCUAUCAGUUGUCACUUGGGGAUCUGAGUGUUGCCAUUGUCGCACCUGUGAAGAAGCUGAUUCAAGAAUUGCAGGAAAUGGGUCUAUGA